GAUGGGGCACUCUGCAUUCAUCACCAGCAAGUAAUCUCUCCCAGUUUCCAUUUUGGACUCGUCUGAACUCAGAAACUAGACCACCUCCACCGGCUACAGUACUGCAGCCUAGCUCGAAUUCUGCAAUUCUGACCUGGAAUCUUCUUCUGUCUGCGAGCUCGCACUUGGCCAUCAGUCUCAUCUGCAGCAGAGUCAGAGAGGACCAACAUGAAGCAAAAGAUCGAGAUCAGGGUGCACAUGACGUGCGACAAGUGCCGUUCCAAAGCUCUGGGGUUGGUUGCCUCCACACAAGGGGUGGUGGAACGAGUGGGCAUAGAAGGCAACGACAGGGACCGGCUGGUGGUGGUCGGGGACGGGGUGGACUCUGUCAACCUGACGGCCCGCCUGCGGAAGAAGAUGGGGAACGCAGAGCUCAUGAAGGUGGAGGCCGUCGUCAGUGCCGAGGCCAAGCCGGAGCCGUCUCCGUGCCCGCAGCAGUGGUAUCCCGGCUACUACUCCUGGCCGGCAGUGGCUUACCCGUACCCUGAUGGCCACUGUUAUCCGUAUAGCAUGUAAAUUAUUGGCUGCCUGAUGUGUUGCCGAAUUGGUCGAUGUAAAUUAAUGACGGCAAGCUAGCACGGUUGAAACAAUAUCAGAAGAGAGAAAUUAAGUCGUAUGUUUAAUUAUGGUACGUACUAGGGGUUUUAUGAUGUGUUGAUGUGAUCAUGUGAUUUAGUUCGAUGUCAAAUCGUUACCAUUUUAGCAGGGGUAAUCAAGGACGGAGUCUUCGUACAAA